AUGGGCUCGGGAGCUCUCUGGGCCGUGGAAAUCGCGCACCCGGGCACGUUCGACGCGCUCAUUCUGUUUGAGCCGACGCUGGACACCAAGACGCCGAGGACGGAGGCUGUGCGGUCGUACUUCGUAGCGUCCACGCUUCGGCGUCUGUCGUCGUGGCCCUCGCGCGCUGCUGCUGAGACGUACUUCACCACCGCUGAAGCGUUCGCUGCGUGGGAUCGAGAGGCGCUGGCAGCGCACUUGGUCGGAGCACUCAAGGACCAAGCGGACGGAUCCGUGUCACUCGCGUGCGACCCUCGACUGGAGGCCUCACUGUACUCCAUGCAGGCGCUUGACUUCUCCGACGAGGAGCUGGGGCGACCCAAGUGUCCGAUCCGCUUCCACUGGGGCAGCGAGUCGCACAUGUGCUUCGAGAAGAUGCUCAAGGCCAUCGAGACCAAGUUCCCGCGCAUCUACACCACUCGCAAAGGGAUGCCAGGCCUCGGCCACCUCGUGGUCAUGGAGAGCCCAGAGCAGACGGCGAGCAACAUCGCCCAAGAGCUGCAGCAACUCGAGCCGUUCGCUCAGGCCAACGCGAAGCUGUAA